AUGUUGUUCAAAUGCUGUGUGUGGACCAUUGGAACCCUGGUCGUUAUUGAGUUGUUCAGCAACUCGUUUUUUGAGGCCGAAGGAUGCUCCUCUGCAGGGAUACCAAACGAGAAAACUGAUGGCAUUGUCAAGCUUGACGUUGGCGGCUGCCUGUACACCACGACGCGGUCGACUAUGACUCGCUACCCGGACUCCAUGCUGGCUGCCAUGUUUACCAAUGAACUCGACAACUCCGUUCGUGACGUCAACGGGGCCUAUGUCCUGGACAGGGACGGGCCCAUCUUCCGGUACGUACUGAAUUUCCUCAGACAGGGCAAGCUGAUUCUACCGGAGGACUUCAAGGAGUGGGACCUGCUGGCCACGGAGGCCGAUUUCUAUCAAGUCGGGGCUUUGGUGGAGGCGGUGAAGGCGGAAAAGUACCGAAGAGUCAUACCAGAGGACGAAACGAAGAACUUUGAAUACAUUAAGUUAAAUGCAUGUGUUAACGUAAGCUACACUUACACGUACACUGGAAGCAUGUAUUUGCAAUGGAGUUGGCCACUUGAAGAGUUUUUCCGGGUCCAUUCAAGGGAAUGUCGGCAAAACCACGGUAACUAUACGCUGAACCUUCCACCCGAUAUCAAGACCAAUGUUCACGAGGAUUUUGAAAGACGCAAGGUGGCGAUAUUCAAGGAUAUUCUUCGGGAUGGAUUCAGAUUGAGAGGACGGUCCUACACAUUUAAUCCUGAUGGGAUCAAGGAAUUCAAAUGGACCUUUGCUCAUGUAGCCCCUUAA